UUGCUUCUCUUGCUACCUUUCUCUCUCCCUCCCUUUCUUCAAGUGACUUAUUCCGGGACAAACAAAGUUAUUGCUCUAUUUCAAAAAAGAGAGAAAGGGAUGGCAACUUUUUUGAAGAAAUAGGAAAGGUGUGAAGGAAGCAGUAUGUUGGAAGAGAGGACCUUAUUACCGGAGACCACAGAGGAAGCAGGAGGCUUAGUGAGCAAAGCCCAAGGGUCAGGCACCCAUCCUCGGGUCACCUUUAAUGCUCCAGAGAAAUCAGAAGAGGAGCCAUCUCACAGAAAGUUGGCCAAGUUAACUGUCAAGUAUAACAGAAAAGAUCUUCAGAGGUGGCUAGAUCUGGAGGAGUGGAUUGACACCCAGCUGCAGAAACUGUAUCCAUAUCAGAAGGAAGAGGAGGAGACGGAAGCAACAGCAGCUCCUGAGCCAGAGAUUGACAUUGAAGAUCUUCUUGACAUCUCUAAUGGGAGCAGGAAUCAAACUAACGCCUCCAUCUACCAGAAAGAUGCCAGGGAAGGGGAAAUUCUUCAUGAGUGUUCCAGACCAACAGAGGAAUUUGUCACAGAACUGCUCAGUCGACUGAGAGGUCUCAGGAAGGUGACCAAUCCUCAGAAGAAAUGAUUCAAAACGGCAAUAAUUCCACUAAACCCAUUAUCCUGCAGAAGGUAACUCUCCAUGGAAAUGGAAAUCCAGCAGAGACAACCACCCUCAUCCUUCACCUUUGGAUUUCUGCCUACUGGCAAUGGUGUAUGCGUGUGGAAGAGGAUGUAGCUCACAGAUGGAUCAGAUGCUUUGCUUGUCCAGUGUCCCAGAUUCAGUUCCACCUGGACAUUUUCAAUUGAUAAUCAUGGAGCAGGAAAUAUCUUUCCCUGAAGUUAUGCAGAGCUACUGCAGGCCAGCUAAAUUGUGAAAAAUAGACCAAUGGUUGGACUAAAUCCCCACUUCUGUCAGGAAUCUCAAGGUGCUUUCAGACAAUGCAUUUGUCUGAUUCCUAACAUUUCCAGAACUUUAUUGAGCUGGCUUCCAUUUGUAACCUUUCUGUAUUCUCCCACUAUUUCUCCUACUUUUCUUCUUUCCACAGAAAAUCUGUGGGGGAGAUAAGACAAUAUCUCUUGAUUGGUAGUGCUAGGUCCUGUCUGUCUAAAGCAAGAGUGGGCAAUUGUGCCCGUUUUUUACCCCCAUGCAACUCCUGGGCCUGCAUGUCUGUACAGUGGGCCCUUGAAAUCCACUCAGGUUUGGU